CGGGGCUGCGGAGCGGCGUCUGCGCCCGCCGGCCGCGGCCUAAGGCAGGGGUUCGGGACGUCCGGCAGGCGGGGGAUAAGAGGCGGUCAGCGGGCUCUCCUGCGCCUGCUGGCGGCUCUUGCGGAAGAAGGAGGGAGGGCACCGGUUGCUCCCGGCGGGGUAGGAGUGCCGCGGAGGCCAGCCGGCGGUCGCUCGGUCGCCGUGUCCCUGCAGCGCGCGCAACCGCCAUGGCGCUGGUGCUGGAUCUCCUCAGGCGGGUGCUGGAGUACUUCGGAUGGCCGCCCGACCAGGCCGUAUUUUUGGAAACUCACAUAUUUGGUAGCAGCAUCAGUCAUACAAUCAGAACAUGCUUUCCUUCAGCAAUCUCAUCAAGAAGGCAUUUCCAGCGGUUAUGUUCAGUUAUAAGGAAGUAUCAGUCCAAGGUCAUAUCUGCUUGCCAAAAAAAGGAAUAUGGAUCUACUCGAAGUGUUGUCCGUAGACUUGGGACAAUUCUUUCCUUAGAGCCCUACCCAAGACCUUACUUUCAACUUGUUCAAGACCCAAGUCCAUUGGGUUAUGAUGAACAAAGCACAGCUCCAGCUCCUGUAGCUCCGUCACUUGCUGAUGUCCUGUGGGUGGCAAAUGAUGAGGGACAAGCAUUUACUAGACUUAGGACUGAAUUAUGGAGAAAAGAAAAAAGUACAGCUUAUUGUGACCUACAUCCUUCUAUAGUUUCAAUACAAAAUGUUCCAAAAAACAGUACACAAAAAUACGGUCUUGUUGAUCAAGCAGCACUCCAGAAAAUUUCUGCACUUGAAAAUGAGCUAACUUUUCUUCGCACUCAGAUUGCUGCAAUUGUUUCAGCGCAAACAUUGGGAAGCAUUCCAUCACAAGCCUUUAAAACAUUCAGCACUCCAGAUGCAUUUUACCCGGUGCCAGCCAUGACUUCUACGCCAUUGUCCGUGUCUCACAAUCACUUGGUAAUUCCCUCGCCUCCUCCACUUCCUUCUGGUGUACCAUCUGGUGUUGAUGCUAGUAAUUCGGCAGUUGAACUUAUAAAACAACGUCGUGCUGCGAGAAACAGUGGUUCAAAUACAGCUGACAGUGCUGAUCACCAGAGGACAAAGAAUAUUCCUAGUAUGAUGGAUGUUUUGAAAGACCUAAACAAAGUUCAGUUGCGAGCUAUUGAGAGGUCACCUGGAGGUACUCCUCUUUCCAGACCCAAAAAGAGGCAAAGUUCAGAUUGGGAUCCAGUUGCUCUACUAACUCAUGCACUAAAGCAGAAAUUUGCACAUAAAAAUGAUGAUGAAGAUGAUUCCCUGGACAAAGAAAAUCGAUCUUUUGAUAGCUCCCCAUUUUCUAGUCCAGAGGUGCCAUUGGUAUGUUUUUAUAUAAGAAUCUGGUUUUAUGUUAUUGAAGAGACACUUUUAAGUGUUUUCAUGGAUAGUUGCAGGGUUUUUAUGAGUCUACAACUUUUCUGCAAUGUCUUCAAGCCAUCAGCCUAGGCAGUUGCUUUUUUCAAGUACUGAUCAGGGCAGAGAACUUCAAAGAUUAAUUAUUUUGGGUGGUUUUAGACUGGUAAAUACACUUGUAGAUGUGCCAAGAGGAAAAAUUUAGAAGACUGACCUUAAAAAUUUAGCUCAUAGUUGAUGGAACUGUGGACAUUUGCUUGAUGGUAACAGGCAGGUAUCCAUGCAUAGAAACUGGGUGUCUAGUUAGUAAAACUACUUAUUGGCCAACUUGUAUUUUGGAUGCUGCACAGCAUUGCAUUGCAUAGCUGAUGUACCUAAUUCUAGAUACAAAGAUGAAAGUUAGAUCCUGGAACAGCUUGAUUAUGGAACAGCUUUUGUUCUAGGAUCUAACAGCGGAAUUAUAAAGUCCUGGAAGAGACACUGCUGAAGGCCAGCACGUUAAAAGAAGCAUAACAACUCUUCCAAACUCUCUUUAUUGUAAACAUCUCAUUCGGGUGUCUUGGGUAUAAUUUUGUUUAAUUCCCUCCCUACUCCCCAGGUUGGACAUUGCAGUCUGAAGCCAAAUGCAAAAUCUAGCCUUUUAACAACUGAUGAAGUUAAACAGGUAUCAACGUGGAAAGUGAGAGCUCAUAUUUAACUGAUGGAGACUUCUGAGGGAACUUCAUAGUGUGUAUAAGUGGCAGGUCCACUCUGAAACUGCUGUAAGGUGCUGUAAUGUUUUCCAGAAUGUGUCUUUCCUAUGCUGUUGAAGUUUGGGCUGUAGGGUUGGUAAAAUUGCCUCUUCCUUCUUAGUUUUCCAGCAGCCAAACUCGUGAAUGUGAUGCACACAACCGAGGGGGGGGGGAAAAAAAAAAAAAGAAAAAGAUUUUUAUCGCUAUGGAGCGGUGUGUCUGAAACCUGGGAAACACAGGAAACAAGUGCAUGUGGAAGAAAAAUAAUUAUUGGUGUGGCAGCUGAGGUGUGCACCCUGUUUGCACUUCAGUGUAAAUAAUGAGAAAGUGUAAACUUUUUGUUAGUGUUAUAUAUAAUAUGGGGGAGUUGUUCCGAGAUAAAAAAGACCUUAUAGAGAGAUCUGCUAGCACAUAGUCUAAAUUCCAUAUGUAAAUAAACAUUA